CCACCACAUCCUCGCCUUCUCCCAGCCAUGCCCGCCAUCGCGCUGCCGCCUAGCGUGCCCUCGGCCGCUGCCGGGCCCUCGUCGCAUGCCAACGGCGCGCCCAACGGCGACGCCAAGGCCAAGAACGGGCCCAAGAGCAAGAACGCCAAGCGCAGAGCCAAGAGGAAGGACGAGCGCGCCGCGUCCGAGACGCCUGCGCCCUCCGACGUCGAAAGCGAUGCCGAGUCUGCCUCGUCUCGCAGCACCUCCGUCGCGCCCGCGCCUCCCUCUCUCGAUCUCUCCUCUCUCUCCGCUCCCGCGCCCGACGAUCCAGCAUACGCCACUUGGCUGGCUGUCUCCUCCGCCUUCUCCUCCGCUAGCGGCGGCGUCGACCCUUCCGACCCAGCCGCUCCGUCCAAGGGCGACGUGAUCUACUCAGAUGAUGAUCAGCUCUCCGACUCCGACGCUGACGACGAUGGCGCCCGGGAAGCGAAGGCGGCACUCUCGAAGCGCAAGCUGCGCCGCAUGCAGCGCCUGACAGUGGCGGAGUUAAAGCAGAUGGUGCCGAAACCCGAGCUGGUGGAGGGUGCAGAUGUGACGGCAAACGACCCGAGACUGCUGCUGCAGCUCAAGGCGACGCGGAACGCAGUGCCGGUGCCGCCGCAUUGGAGCCAGAAGAGAGCGUAUCUGCAGAACAAGCGAGGUGUAGAGAAGCCGCCGUACUUGCUGCCUGCCUACAUUGCCGCGACCGGCAUCGCCGAGAUGAAGGAUGCGCUCAAGGAGAAGGAGGCCGACCAGUCACUCAAGGCCAAGACGCGCGAGCGCGUGCAGCCCAAGAUGGGCAAGAUCGACAUUGACUACCAGAAGCUGCACGACGCCUUCUUCCGCUUCCAGACGAAGCCUGAAAGCCUGACGCGCUACGGCGAGACGUACUACGAGGGCAAGGAGUUCGAGACCAAGUUCAAGGAGCGCCGGCCUGGCGAUCUGAGCGAGGAUCUCAAGGAGGCACUCUCGAUCCCGCCACUGGCGCCGCCGCCGUGGCUCAUUGCCAUGCAGCGCUUCGGACCGCCGCCGAGCUACCCGCACCUGAAGAUUGCUGGCCUAAAUGCGCCCAUCCCAGAGGGUGCGCAGUGGGGCUUCCACCCUGGAGGAUGGGGCCGGCCGCCGAUGGAUGAGUUUGGGCGACCCAUCUACGCCGAAGUGAUGGGCACCGACGAGAGCGCGGCGGCACAGGCGCAGCAGGAGGCGCUCGGCGAGCCGAUCAAUCGCGAGCCGUGGGGCGAGCUUGAGCCGGAAGAGGAGGAGGAAGAGGAGGACGACGAAGAGGAGGAGGAGGAGCAAGAUGAGGAGGAGCAGGACGACGGACCUGCCGAUGGUCUCGAGACGCCUCUGCCUUCCGGCCUCGAGACUCCUGGCGGCUUCCAGUCCGUCACUUCGACAGUGCCCGGCGGCCUCGAGACGCCCGACUUCCUCGAGCUGCGCAAGGGCGCUCGCGGCGCGCCCAGCACGCGUGCAGGCACGGCCGAGACGGAGGACCGCGGACCGCGCAGCCUGUAUCAUGUUGUCCCGGAGAUGCAGCGGCAGGGUGGAAGUGGGUUCAUGCCCAGCGACAGAGGAUACGACCUCUCGGGCAUUGCGCGACAGGGCGCGCCUGUGCUGGGCGAGGAGCGCGGCGUCAAGCGCAAGCAAGGCGACGUCGACCUUGCGCUUGCGCCCGAGGAGCUCGAGUCGCUCAGCAAGGAGGAGCUGGCGGCGCGCUACGACGCGGCGCGCGCCAAGAAGGACCGCUUCAAGUUCUGAGCGCGGCGCAGUCCUCUGGCCCCCUCUCACUCGUCCUACCAUCCUCUGCUGUACUUCUACGUGCCUUCUCACACGCCACUCUUUGCACGAGAGAAAUGAGAGGCAAGCACUGCAUUCCUCCUCCUGCCCGCGCGCCCUUCACAUGAGAUCGUCGUCCGCGUCCGAGUCUGCCCCGAUGCGCUCCUCGUUUUGC